AUGGCCGAAAGCGAGAAGAACAAGCUCGAGCUCGUGCAGACCAAUGCCACGGAUCAAACAUCGUCAGGCGAGAAGCUCACCCAGCAGGAGACCCUUCAGGAAGUCGAUCUCGAGAACCACCAGGCUUUCAAAGGCGAUGACUCUGACGGAAAGGUCCAUUGGACCAUCAGGAAACUCCUAGCUGCCACUUUCCUGGCUAUGCUGUACACAGGCUCUCAGAUCCCUCUCUACUUCGCCGGAGCAACACUAAGCUUCAUCGCUAAAGACAUCGGUCAAGAUUUGUUCGGGAAGAGGUAUAUUGCGUUGUUUGGUGCAUUGCUGCUGUGUACCGGCUGUGCCGUGCUUGGUAGUGCGCAUAGUCUUGCUCAGGUGCUUGCGGGUAUGGCCAUGGCUGGUGCCGGUGCAGGUAUUGGCGAGCUGACCGGGCUUGCUGGCCUCGCCGAGACGGUGCCCGUUAAGCAGAGAGGCUAUUCUCUAGCCAUCCUAACAGCCUUUGUGCUACCAUGGUGCCCAUACGUCUUAUAUGCAGAGCUGUUCUCGACACAUUCCACCUGGCGAUGGGGUGCGUGGAUUUCGCUCAUCUUCAACGGCGUUACUGGCAUCGGUCUGCUCUUGACAUACUUUCCUCAGGCUCAUGUCCGCGCUGAAGGCUUAUCUUGGCAGGCGGUAGUCAAACGCAUCGACUUCGUGGGUGGUGGGCUCUCUAUCGCCGGGCUUCUGCUUUUCUUGAUUGCACUACAAGCAGGAGGCUACUCGCAUCCCUGGACCUCCGCUUAUGUCUUGUGCACUCUACUUAUUGGACUCGCGUUAAUCUGCGUCUGGGUCUUAUGGGAGGCCAAGUUCGCCCGAUACCCUAUGAUUCCACCGCAAUUGUUCAUGGGCCAGAGAGUCGUGUCAUUGGGCUACGCCGUUGCCUUCGUGGCUGGCAUGAACUUCUUCUCGCUGCUUAACUUCUGGCCAUUGACGAUAGCCAGUGUGUAUGAUCCAAUCCCGGUCAAGAUCGGCUUGCGAGGUAUCUCAGUCGGGCUAGCCACGGCAAGUACAUUGUCCACCUGA